AAAGCGCAUGCGUAAAUUAGAUUAGCAGCAGUCUAAUACGGGAGCCGUGAGAGAUAGAGAGUUGCGUAGCUUGGCGUGCCUUGGUUUCUGGCCCUUUCUUCACAUUUUAUUGAUGUUAAGCGUUUGAGGUAGUAGUGGUUGUGACGACAAGUAAGGAAAGAACUACUUCUCACUGAGGUUUACAUCGCUUUCAUAAUCAGCCUUGUGGAUGCAGUGAAACCAUCUGCUGUGCAGCCCAACUUGGUGUUAGGAGACUUGUCUGGUGUUUCUCAGCUUGAAGAUGAUCUCCGGUCAUUAUUGAUCCCUUUUCUUGGCGUUACCUUUUUGAAGUGAAGUUUACCUAGCUUUCUAGUGUGAGCUUUCUUUUCAGACAUCUGUAACUGAUCCAUAAUAGACAAGCUAUAGUUCAGCAAUGUCCAAGUCGUUCCAGCACUCAUCUCUAAGUAGGGAUUCCCAAGGUCAUGGACGUGACCUGUCUGCAGGAAUAGGCCUUCUUGCUGCUGCUACCCAGUCUUUAAACGUGCCAGCAUCUCUUGGAAGGAUGAACCAGGGUACUGCACGCCUUGCUAGCUUAAUGAAUUUUGGAGUGAGUUCUUCAUUGAAUCAACAAGGAUCUCAUAGUGCGCUGUCUUCUGCUAGUGCAUCUUCCCAUGCUUUACAGUCUAUAUUUAACAUUGGAAGUAGAGGCCCACUCUCUCUGUCUUCUCAGCACCGUGGAGAUGCAGAGCAGGCCACUAACAUUCUGGCCAGCUUUGGUCUGUCUGCUAGAGACUUAGAUGAACUGAGUCGCUAUCCUGAGGACAAGAUCACUCCUGAAAACUUGCCUCAAAUUCUUCUGCAACUUAAGAGGAGGAGAGCUGAAGAAGUCACUUCACUGAGUUAUGGUAGAGAUGGCAGAUCAGCUGCACGGGAGCCGUCAUACAGAGUAUCUAGGGACGAUUGGGAAGAGAAAAGGCAUUUUAGAAGAGAUAGCUUUGACGAUCGUGGUUCUAGUCUCAACCCAGUGGUUGACUAUGAUCAUGGAAGUCGUUCUCAAGAAUCUGUUUAUUAUGACAGACUGGAUUAUGAAGAUGACAGAUUAAGAGAUGGAGAAAGGUGUAGGGAUGACUCUUAUUAUGGUGAGACUUCACAUAAGUAUCGUAAAUUUGACAGUGAGUAUGACAGAAUGGACCGGGGCCCUGAGAGAUCUCUCUUUGAAAAAAAGAGAGGCGCUCCUCCAAAUAGCAAUAUUGAAGACUUCCAUGGACUCUUACCGAAGGGUUAUCCCCAUCUGUGCUCUAUCUGUGAUUUGCCUGUUCAUUCUAAUAAGGAGUGGAACCAGCAUAUCGAUGGAGCAACACAUAGCCGACGUUGUCAACUUCUCCUUGAAAUAUAUCCAGAGUGGAACCCUGAUAAUGAUUCUGGACACGGAAUGGGCGAUCCAUUUAUGUUGCAACAGUCUACAAAUCCUGCUCCUGGAAUUCUGGGGCCACCUCCACCACCGUUUCAUCUGGGUGGGCCACCAAUUGGGUCAAGAGGGGCUGGAAAUGGAAGUAUGCAAGGACCAAGACACAUGCAGAAGGGCAGAGUGGAAACGAGUAGAGUUGUGCACAUCAUGGAUUUUCAGAGAGGAAAAAACUUGAGAUACCAGUUGCUUCAGCUUGUUGAACCAUUUGGAAUAAUCACAAAUCACCUAAUCUUGAACAAAAUUAAUGAAGCAUUUAUUGAAAUGUCUACCACUGAAGAUGCUCAAGCUGCAGUUGAAUAUUAUUCAGCAACACCAGCUUUAGUGUUUGGCAAACCUGUGAGGGUACAUUUGUCACAGAAGUAUAAAAGAAUAAAGAAACCAGAAGGGAAGCCUGACCCAAAAUUUGAGCCUCCCAAACAGGAACUUGGUCGUGUGAUCCAUCUCAGCAAUUUGCCUCACUCGGGAUAUUCGGACAAUGCUGUGCUGAAAUUAGCUGAGCCCUAUGGAAAAAUAAAGAACUACAUACUGAUGAGAAUGAAGAGCCAGGCUUUCAUAGAAAUGGAGACCAGAGAAGAUGCUGUAGCAAUGAUGGAGCACUGUUCCAACAAAGCCAUUUGGUUUCAGGGACGAUGUGUCAAAGUAGACUUGUCUGAAAAAUACAAGAAGUUAAUAUUAAGGAUUCCCAACAAAGGAGUGGACUUGCUGAAGAAAGAUAAACCUCGAAAAAGAGGUCUUUCUCCAGACAGCAAAGACUCUGGAAGUGAUAAGAAAUGCAAGUUGGAGGAUAAUGAAAAAAUGGAAAGCAACAGUACGGAAGACAAAGAGGAAAGGAGAGAUGAGGCAGAGAGAAUGGAUACCAAAGGUGGUGAACAGGCAGAUCAAGAGGAGCCAAACUUGCUCCUGGAAUCUGAAGACGAAUUGUUGGCAGAUGAAGAUGAAGCCGCAGCAUUACUAGAAAGUGGCAGCUCAGCAGCAGAUGAUACUGAUGUGGCCAACUUGGGCGAUGUGGCUACUGAACAAAAGGAAGCUGCUGAGGAUGAAAACACCACAAAGAGUGAAGGGAGUGUUGGUGCUACAGCGGCAAAAAAGCUCAAAAAGCAGCGACUUACAGGUGGCUUUCCAAGAAGCAUGGAAGGUUUUGUCACUCUGGAUGAAGUUGGUGAUGAGGAAGAUUCAGAACAUCAGAAACAACGUAAAUCUGGCAUGGCUAAAGCUGCUGUAAAAAGUGAGGACAGCAUGACUGAAAAUAAGGUUGAAAAAGCUGAGGCAACAGGGCAGGAAAAUGAAGCAUUAGAAAAUGGUGCCAAAACAGAGAACUUGAAGCUAGAAACAUCUGAAGCGACUGACCACACAGGGACACAAGAGAAAGAUAAAAACGAAAACACAGAAGUGCAAGAAUCGAAGUCGGCCCGUGAGAAACGUGCUGUUGCAGAUGAGCCUAGAGUGGGACCAUAUCAGCCCAAUGUUCCUGUUGGUGUGAACUUUGUGGUGCCCAGAGCUGGGUUUUACUGCAAACUGUGUUCCUUGUUCUACACAAAUGAAGAUGCUGCGAAAAAGGUCCACUGCAGCAGUCUUGCACAUUAUCAAAAGUUGAAGAAACACAUGGACAAAAUGGCUGGAGAUCAGAAGCAGACGAAAGAAGCUUAAGUGUAUGCAAAAAAACUUUAAGGCUUGAGGAUUUAACAAAACUUUUAUUUUUAAUGUUAAUCUUAAUACAGUAAAAUUGGGGAAACUCUAUAUGAGAUAGGUUUUAGUAGAAUAAAUAGAAGUAUAAUUCUGUUAGUGUGUUCAAUGUUAUGCAAAAUAUGCAUUCUAAGUCAAACCAAUAUUUGUUUAUAGAAACCUGGGGGUGAUGCCAGAAUUUCUGUGGUGAUGGAUGUAUUAUCACAUUUUGAAGAGCCGAGCUGAUUUCAUCAGCAUUUACUCUUCAGGCUUCAAAUAAUUCCCCUAAUGUUGGUUCUCUUAAACAGUUAAUAUCUUUUCCUCUGGAACAUUCCAUAUUCCAGUCUGGGUCUAGCUGAUACCUUAUUUUCAAGACAUACUCAUAAUUUUUUUCACCUUUGAGGAGUCUAUAUUAAAACAUAUGCAGUUUUUUAAAAAAAGUUGCAAACACUUUGUUUUAGUGGCAGUGUAAUACUUAGAGAAUAGGAAAACUAAUUACCAGCUUUGAAAAGACUUGUUUCCUCAGCAUUUCAUUUAUGUCCUCGUAUAGCAGAAAGUAAAUUCUUCUGACCAGUAUUAUUUUCCUGAGCUCUUGCUUGCUGCUUUAAUUUAGUACUUUUCAUACAUCUCCAGUAUAAGCAAAGGCAGCAUUCAAAGCCUAACUGUGUAAAUAGUUAACUUUUUAUGUUUAUGUAACUUUUCAUACUUCAGCUCUGAUCCUAGACCGGUUACAAAGCUGCCCCUGAAGGCUUCCUUCAAAGUAACAUGUUUAGAAUUGGGGCAUACAUCUUCAGAUUGGUUUCAUCCUAGGACUGUGCUCUUGAUGUAUCGUUAUACGGCUGGUGUGAAUGGGAAUUUGCAUGUAUAAUCUGUUUUUCAUGUAGUCUUAUUGAUGAUUUAACAGCUUACAUAUGUGCGGUUUCAAGUUAUUGUAGUGAGAAACCAAUAAACCAAACCAGUCUUGUUUUGUUAGUCUUUUUA